CUGGCACAACUAUUCCGUACGCAGUUGGAUCUCCCUUCAACUUACCACCUCUCAUCCUCCUUUACUUAUUGCUAAGCCCUUCAGUGCUGUGACUUUUCGGCCACAGCUGAUAUCUAUCUAUAUUCCUACACUUUGAUCCUUCUCCUCAUCGACCUGCUAGAAACUGCAUGUUUCUCGCUCACUAAACCUUCCUCCGCCCACGGUCAUCGUCCCUGCUCUCGGUUCAAACUCCACCGGUUACUCGAGGCUUCCUCUGCGAAGCCACCACGACGAUGGCUUCUGUCACUGCUGAUGCUCCAGUCGAGGCUGGUCCCAGCACCACCAAGACCCAAGCUCAACUUAUGCAAGAAAAGCACGAGGCUGCUGAGACUCACCAUGUGACUGUCGAAGAAGUCCCUGAUGAAGACGAUGUUCUGCAUCCGCCUCCACCACAUGUGCAUAUUGAAGAAAAGAACCAGGCCGAUGUUCCAACUACAAAUGGUAUAGACAAGGGCAAGCAGAAAGCCACUGAGGCACCUCCUCAGAAACCCACCGUCCUCGAUACCCAGUCUGAGGAGGCAUUCCCAUCUCUUGGAUCUACCUCCAAGACGACAGCUCCUCCGCCACGAGUUUGGGUUGCAAAUCCUUCCAUGAAGGCCCCUCCUGUCAACGGCUCUACUGCACUUGGCUCUCGACCUCCCUCUUCCGGUGGUCCUACUCCCACGCGAACACCAGGUGUUAGCACCCCCGUGAGUGCGCCUGCUGGCGGCCGAGGUGGUGUUCUGAUGCCGGGACGGUAUCGAGAUGCAUUCGAAAUAGACAACACUGAUCUGAACAAGAACAAGUCGGUGAAGAAGGUGCUUGAUGAUGUCAACAGAAAGUACAAUGUUGUCGUUAUUCCCCGCCAGACCAAUUUCGCAACGAGGACGGAGUUCACUGCCGAGGGUCCAAAUCAGCGCGCAGUCACUGAGGCUCUGAUGCAUGUCUCCAAGGAAUUGACCCUAGAGAAGCAAGUCAAGCUUGAAAUUCCCUCGUCUGUGUCGGCCCAGAUCAUUGGCAAAGCAGGAGCCAACAUCAGGAAGCUCGAGCAGCAGUUCAGCGUCCGGAUCCACAUCGAACGAGACACCAGACCUACCACAAACCCGGAAGAUAUCAAGACUGAUGUUGUGGAGAUUCGGGGAAAUGCUGCGCAAGUCCGCCAGGUCUACGAGUACAUCACAAAGCAGGUCAAAGCUCUCCAGCCGAAGGUGGACUUGCCUGUUCGUGGAAUUCCGCCGGAGUUCUACCCCUUUAUUGCUGGUCAGCAUGCUGCUCGUUUGCGACAAAUGGAGCAAGAACGUGGCCUCCAGAUAAACGUCCCUCAGUAUACUACAUGGAAACAACAACCUCCGGCUCGACCUGCCGACUCGGGUCAAGCCCCUGCCUUUGUGCCGCACGGAGACAGCCCCAUUGUCGUCUCCGGUGAACAAGCUGCUGUGCUCGAGGCACGUGCUAUUCUCGAACAGCUGGCCGAGGAGCUCCAGAAGGAACUUCUGCUUGAGGAGCUCGCCGCCGAGCAAAUCUUGCAUCCAUACAUUGUUGGAGACCGUGGUAUGGACCCUCUGAAGUUCUUAGAAGAGACUGGCUGUGCAGUCAUUCUCCCUCCACCUGAGCAUGAGACGGAAGACAUCCACAUCAUUGGGCCUAAGGACAAGCUGGAUGCUGGUCGCAAUCUAGCUGAGGAGCUCAUGUCCAGAAAGCACAAUCGUGCCGUUGAUAUGCAUAAACAUUUUAAUGAUGCACCUCAUGGCCCUGAACGUCAUUCCAGAGCCUUGGCUCAGUAUCUGCAAGAAAAGGCCAUCGAGAGGGAGUUUCAAAAGUCUCAUGGAGCAGAGAUUGUCUUUCCUCGGAGCUCCAAUGCCUCUCCCAGCUGGACGGUCAUUAGCAAUGAUCCCCAGAAGGCCCUCUCUGCUCGAAACGAGCUCUCCAAGAUUACCCAAGCUUAUCCCACUCCACGAAUACAGCUGGUUGAAGUGGAUCCAUUCUUCCAUCCUCACCUCAGCCAGAUGCAUGCAUCUGAUCUGAGACAAAACCUUGGAGUCCAUUUGAUCGUUCCCGAUGAUGGAUCUGACCCGGUUGUUCUCGUGUACGAAGGUCCAGAGCAGGAUGGCCCAUUCUCAAUUCCCCGCAAUAAACCAUCAAAGGCCGACAUUUCGAACUUUGAAAAGGCUCUACAAGAGGCACAAGCAAUGCUACUCAGCAAUAUUCCCAGCGGGGGAAUAUCCACACAAGAUAUUCACGUGCCCAAGAAGUUUCAUGACAAGGUCAGAAGAUUCGUCAAUAAUGAACCAAAACCAUCAGCGCCGAAUGCGUUCCCGGUUCAGGUUGACUUUGGCCGAGCUAAAGCCGGUCAAAGACAAUCUGCUCCUGCCUCUCGUGGCUCACCUGAACGAGUGUUCUUGAGAGGACCGAGUGAGGCAGACAUCGCGCAGCUCCGCCAGAAGAUCGAGGAGUUCCUCAGAGAAGCCGAGGAGGAUGAGAAGGAACGUGGCUACACGACUACGUUUGCUUUCCCUACCCAGUUCAACAAAAACUUGAUUGGAAAACAGGGUGCGAAUAUCAAGGCGUUGCGCGAGAAGCACGACGUCGAGAUUGAUACUCGAGAGAACGGCAAGGUCACCAUUCAAGGCCCUCAGAAAAAGGCCGAGGCAUGCAAGGCUGAAAUUCUGCGACUAGCCAAGCAAUGGGAAGAUGAGGUCAACUUCACCAUCAAGAUUGAUCCAAAGUACCAUGGUUUGCUUGUUGGCAGGAAUGGUGAAAAUUUGCAGAAGAUUCAGAGCAAAGUCGAUAAUGCUGUGAGGAUCGACUUCCCCAAGCAAUCAAGAAUAAGUGACGACGCUUCUGUUGCGGACGAUUCCAGUCAAGUCGGUGGUUCUAAAGGCCAGCCUCUCGAUGAAAUCAAGAUUCGUGGACCCCGUGCAAAGGCCGAGAAGGUGCGAGAUGAAUUGCUGAGUCUCCACCAGUACAUGGUCGAUAACUCGCAUACCGCGUCGGUGUCUGUCGCGCAGGGUCAGGUUGCAUCCCUUAUUGGCAGAGGAGGCAUGGAAAUGGACAGGUUACGAGCUGAUACUGGUGCUCACAUCGACGUUCCAAAAGCUGCCAGCUCCAGCUCUGAUCGUGUAACCAUCCAGAUCAAAGGCUCCAAACAACAAGUUGAGAAAGCUAGGCAGGAGUUGCAGAAGCGAGCCAAGGCCUUUGAUGACAUUGUUACGCGUACCAUGGACGUGGAUAGAAAGCAUCACAGCGCCUUAAUUGGUGCUGGAGGUUCUCAUAUUCAGGAUCUUGUCGCCAAAUCGGGCAGCAAGCAGCGCAGCUCUGAGCACGUCCGCUUCCCUCGAAAAGGCGACGUAUCAAAUGAACUUACCAUCACUGGUACGGCGGAUGUCGUUGACAAGAUCGUUGCUGCCAUUGAAGAGUUUGUGAAUGAGAGGGAAAACCAGGUCACAGAGACGUUGGAUGUGCCAGUCACCCAACAUCGGGAUCUGAUUGGACCUAACGGCAGCAUUCGCAAGCAGAUUGAAGACCAGUUCAGGGUCACUCUUAAUGUGCCUCGGCAGGGCACCGGACAGACUGGCGUGAAAAUUACUGGACGACCCGAAAAUGUGGCUAACGCUAAGGAGCACAUCGAGAAGAAGACCAUGAAAGCUCCUGCGGAGACGAUAAUGGUUCCUCGAAGUCUACAUCACGUUGUCUCCAAGAAUGGAGACAUAUUCCGCGAACUGAGUAGGGAUGGUGUCAGAGUAGAGCACAAUGGUCACAAGCCGCCUCCAAAGCCUAGCCGCGGCUCCCGAGCGCGGACAACCAAUGGUGAUAUGCCUCUGAUCACUGAUCAGCCCGGUGAAACUUCUCACAGCUGGGAUAUUGUUUCUAACCAGACUGCCCUGGACGGAGAUGAUGGGGAGAUUCCUUGGGUCCUCAUCAGCCAGAAACCUGAUGCGCAGGACGUCGUGGAAAAGGCGAAGCAAAAGAUCCAGUCAUCGCUUGAAAAGGCCAAAGAGCCUCAGUUUACUGGAUAUCUGAUUUUGCCUGAUCCACGUCUGCAUCGUCACAUCAUCGGACGGGGUGGCUCCACAAUCAACUCGAUUCGAAACCAGUCCGGCUGCGACAUUCAGGUGCCCAAGCAUAACACAGGCAAGGGGGAAGAAGGCGAAGCCAUAACCAUUGUUGGCAAGGAGGAUGGGGUGAUAUCUGCUCGUGAUCUCAUUCUCAAGGAGAUCGAGCGAGCUCAGGCUGGUCGAGCGUAAAGUGGUUUGUCCGACCACGGCCAAAAAAGAGAUCUCUUGGAUGGUUCAUGGUGUGUCAUGUAUCAACACAGGAGGAAGGUGUCGAGAUUGUGACAGGAAAAAUCCCUCAAAAGCUUUUUCUAUACUCUACCAAACGAGAUGCUACUUUCACCUUUGACUUAUGUAGCGAUUGACUAUUACUUGAAAUAUAUUCAUAUCUAACUUA